CUCCUCUCUUUUUUCUCUCUCUCUCCCUUUCCCUCCCCAGCAGUCAAUCUCCCUGUCUCCCUCUCACUCCCCUCCCGAGCAUCUCUUCAUUUCCAUUGGUCAGGGAAGCUGUUCCCGGGAAGGGCCGGCACCCUGGGUGUUCUCUCUGACCCCGUGCCAGGCCUUCCCGGCCCCAACCCCUUCCUGGUGAUGGAGCAUCGGGCUCCGGGCUCCACCGAGAAAUGCUGGAGCCAGGCCCUGGCCCCGACAGCCGGCAGAAACCAGCCUGGAUGGAAGAGCUCAGGCAGCCAGAUGUGGCCGGCCCGGGGCUAGGCGGCCUGGGUGGCCUGCUGGGAGCUGGGAGCCCAAGGCCACCAAGGGAGACCUGCAGCGGGUGAAGAGCUCCAGAGGUUUCUGUCCCCAGGGGGCUGCGGGGGCCUGGUGUUUGGGGCGUCCCUGCUUCCCUGGAGCGGGAGGAAGGCGGCGAACAUGUGAACUUCACUGCUCUGGGGGAAAUCGAGGCCCGCAGCACGCUCGUGACCGUUCGACCAAGACCAGGCAGGGCGACCCCCGGCCAAAGGGCCCCCCGGCCACCUCCCUCCUCCAUGGAGGCUCUGGGCUUCGGCACCCCGGCCCCGUCGGCUUCCUCGUCGGUCCCAUCGUCGGCCCCAUCGUCGGAGCCGGGCAACGCCUCUCUGGCCUGGGUGGAGCCGGGCCCCAGGAACCUGUCACUCGCGGCCCCCCCGGGUCUGGACGUGAGCGGUGUCCUCAUCACACUGGUGUACCUGGUGGUGUGCGUGGCGGGGCUGGCUGGCAACUCCCUGGUCAUCUACGCCGUCCUGCGGCACUCGGUCAGCCAGUCGGUCACCAACGUCUACAUCCUGAACCUGGCCCUGGCGGAUGAGCUCUUCAUGCUGGGGCUGCCCUUCUUGGCUGCCCAGAACGCCCUCUCCUACUGGCCAUUCGGCUCCCUCAUGUGCCGCCUGUUCAUGGCGCUGGACGCCAUCAACCAGUUCACCAGUAUCUUCUGCCUGACGGUCAUGAGCGUGGAUCGCUACCUGGCCGUGGUCCACCCGGGGAGGUCCUCCCGAUGGCGCACGGCCCCCGUGGCCCGCGCCGUGAGUGCCACCAUCUGGGCCGUCUCGGCCGUGGUGGUCCUGCCCGUGCUGGUCUUCUCCAGCGUGCCGCGGGGCAUGAGCACCUGCCACAUCCAGUGGCCCGAGCCCGCCUCCGCCUGGCAGACAGGCUUCAUCGUCUACACGGCCGCCCUGGGCUUCUUCGGCCCGCUGCUGGUCAUCUGCCUCUGCUACCUGCUCAUCGUCGUCAAGGUGCGCUCGGCCGGCCGCCGGGUGCGGGGGCCGGCGGCCAAGCGGAAGCCGUCGGAGCGCCGGGUGACCCGCAUGGUGGUGGCCGUGGUGGCUGUCUUCGUGCUCUGCUGGCUGCCCUUCUACGUGCUCAACAUCGUCAACGUGGUGUGCCCCUUGCCCGAGGAGCCCGCGCUCUUCGGCCUCUAUUUCCUGGUUGUGGUGCUGCCCUACGCCAACAGCUGCGCCAACCCCGUCAUCUACGGCUUCCUCUCCUACCGCUUCAAGCAGGGCUUCCGCCGGGCCCUGCUGAGGCCCUCGCGCCGGGUCCGGAGUCAGGAGGUCGCCGUCGCCGUCGGGCCCCCGAAGACAGACGGGGAGGAGGAGGAGGAGGAGGAUGAAGAGGGCGAGGAGGAUGAGGAGGAAAGGGUAGGAGCCAAGGAGCUGAACGGGACCGUCAGCCAGAUCUCCCGGAAAGGAGGAGGCAGGCGGGAGGCCCCGCCCGGGGGCAGUGCGGGCAGCAGCCAGCAGAAGCCUCUGCCCGAGGAGCCGAGCACUGUGGAAAAGCCCAGUGCUCUGCAGAUCAGCUACUUGUAGGGUGGGUCCGGGCAGGGAGGCGGGACCCAGGCCGAGGGAGCGUGAUGAGGAGGCUAAGGAGAUCCUCGGGUCUUUGCUGGGGCCUGAGAGCUCCUGGAAUCAGACCAACCUCCUCUCCACAGUCCCCCACCGCUCUCCAAGUCCCCCAUCCUUCCCACCCAAUGAUUGGCUGCUGCUGUCUGAACUUUAGGGACCCCUAGAAUUCAGGUCCCAGGCUUCCUGUGGGCCCGAGCUGAAGCCAGUAUCAUAAAGAACCACUUGGACUGAGGGUGGCGUGGGGAGGCCAGAACCGGACAAGACGGGGAGAUGAUUCUCUUGCCUAAGCUCUGGGGGUCACGGGGGCUUAGGAUCUGCCUUGAGGGCCUCCUGCUGUCUUAGGGCCUGCUUCAGUUUAUCCCUUCCCCCCUGCCCAGCCCUGGCUCAUGCUGCAGGAAGGGUAACUGGAUUCUUUUACUACAGGAACGCAUUUAUCCACCUCACUCCCGACCCCAAGUCUGGUCACUGUCCCCAGGAACCCCUUAGGGCUUCUUCCAGGAAUUCGUCCAAGCUCCUCUAGGGAGUUUCCUUUCUCCACGGGGUAGCCUCUUCCCUCUGCCCAUCUCCUCCUCAUACACACAAGAGCAGGUCCUGGGUCACGUGGCUUUAACAUGGAUCCACCCUGAUGUUUUGAAAAUGUAGUUGGGAUGAGGAUGAGGACAAGGAUGAAGCAGAGAGCUCAGGUCUCUGGCUGAUGUGUAGAGCAGAGGCUUCCCCAGUCUCCCUGGGGUCCCUCAAGAAGUUCCGGGUGCCGCCAUCUUUGACUUCAGGAGCCCGAUCGCACAUGCUCAGAAUCACAACCUCACCUACUCAGUUAACUCAAAGAUAGCAGCAUCCCAGAAUCCAGGGCUUUAUAUCACAAGAGGAGUAUUUGCCCACCCUGUUCCCAUGAGCUUCUGGUUAAGGGUGAAGAGAGAGGGGCCCACAGACCCACUCCUCCAUGGAAAGUUGGAAGGUACCAACAAGAGAACAGAAAGGCGGGCCUGGAUCCAGGGACCCCAAACUGUCAAUCAGAAAGACCAGCUGGAUGGAGGCCAAGGGAGAAAGGGAGUGACUCAGGCUGGUGAGAAGCAAUCAUUCAAUCAACCAACCAACCAACCAGUCAGUUGAUAGUAUUUAUUGAGGACCUACUGUAUGCACAGCACUGCCCUUAGUUAUUGGGAGAGUACAAGAGAAUUAGCAGACAUGAUUCCUUCUCUCAAGGAGCUCAUAGUCUAGGGUCAGCUGUGAGGGAAAACAAGACACCAAAGUAAAUUACAGAUAGGAGGAAAUAGUAGAAUAUAUUGGAUAUGUUCAGAAGUGCUACUGGGAUACUGAGGGUUCAAUGGUAGUAUGGACUUCUGUUUUCUUUCCCCUCCUCACCCCCAUCUCAGAGCCUUGGCUAUAUUUCCCUUUGCACCGUUUACUUAACCACUUGGAUCUCAGCCACACAGCUGAUGAGGGAGAUGAGGGAAAGGCUGCGGCAAGGAGGUGGAGGAGAAAGGUGAGGUUUUCAAGGGAGCAGAGAAUGGAGGCGCAGAGGACCAGGACAGGGAGGAGGAGGAGGAAUCCAGGAUCCGAGAAGGACAGGCUGGGGAGAUGGAAACAGGGCCAAUGGGUAGAUGGUCUGACCCAAACACAGGACUGUCCAGCCCCAUCUGGGGCUUGAGGGGGACAAUCUGAGGCCCUGUCCCCAUCCUGUUCCUUCGGGGUGCCUGGAGAAAUCUAAGAUGGACAUGGGGUUGGGGGCACCUUUGAUGGCCCCAAAAGCGUCAGUCUGCCAUUAAUAAAGAUGAAGGAUCAGACAUUGA